GUGAAUAUCACAAAAGAAACUGGUUUUCAAUUCUCAAAAGAGAAAAGAAAAAAGAAACUAGUUUCGUGCUGAAGAGGGCAUGAAUCUAAAAAAGAAAGAAUCGCUGUUUUUGGGCUCUCUGUUUCUUGCUGUACAGUGUCUUUGCAUGGUCAAGGGCGAUGUUCAUUUUUAUGACUUUGUUCUUACGGAGGAAAACUUCACAAGGUUGUGUAGCACUGAGACCAUGUUAGCUGUAAAUGGCAGUAUUCCUGGGCCAGUAAUACGGGUUCACAAAGGAGAUACGAUGUAUGUCAAUGUUCAUAACCAAGGAAAUUAUGGGGUGACCAUUCACUGGCAUGGUGUAAAGCAACCAAGAAAUCCAUGGUCAGAUGGUACAAACUACAUCACACAAUGUCCUAUUGAACCAGGAUCAAACUUCACCUAUGAGGUCAUUCUUUCCACAGAGGAGGGAACACUUUGGUGGCAUGCUCACAGUGAUUGGACACGAGUCGGUGUUCAUGGUGCUAUUGUUAUCUUGCCUGCUAUUGGAUCCACUUAUCCAUUUCCCAAACCAGAUGACGAAGAGAUCAUAAUACUUGGUUCGUUGUACAGAGGAAAUUUAAAAUCUUCGUUGGAUGAGGAUCUACACUCUGGUAUUGACUUGCCACAUUCUGUUGCUUACACUAUAAAUGGCGAACCAGGAGAUUUGUGCCCAUGCUCUAAAGAAACAACAUACCGUUGGAUGGUUGAGUACGGCAAGACCUAUCUUGUUCGACUUGUCAACGCAGCUGUGUCUGUCGAUCUAUUCUUCGCAGUUGCUCAACACAACCUCACAGUUGUUGGAACAGAUGCACAUUAUACCAAACCCAUAAACACUAGUUACAUCAUGAUAAGCCCAGGACAAACAAUGGAUAUCCUACUCACAACAAAUCAGAGUCUUGGCCAUUAUUAUAUUGCUGCUCGACAAUUUUGGAGCCAAGAUGCCCCGGCUACAUUAUUUGACUCAGUCAAUGCCACCAUGAUCCUCCAAUAUAAAGGCAAUUAUACUAUCCCAUCGUCCCCUAUCUUUCCAAGUAAUCUUCCCUUUUACAAAGACUUGCGAUCUGCCAUAACAUUCACAAAUCUUUUUAAGAGUUUAGCAAACAAAGAUUAUCCAGUAAAUGUCCCCCUAAACAUAACUACCAGAAUGUUUAUAACACUUUCCAUGGGCGGCAUUAUUUUUCAUAACCUUACAUCAACACUUGAAGCAAAGGCUACAAGCGCCAAUAACAUAAGUUGGUCCAACCCAACUACAGAUGUAUUGCUUGCUUACUACAGGAACAUUAGUGGGGUUUACACUACAGAUUUCCCAGACCAGCCCCCAUCUUAUUUUAACUUCACAGGAGACGAUUUUCCAUAUACCUUAACAGAACUUGGGACCAAAGUGAAGGUGUUGAAUUAUAAUGAAGCAGUUGAGAUGGUUUUUCAAAGUACCAAUUUGGUGGAAGGCGCAGGGCUUCAUCCAAUGCAUUUGCAUGGGCAUAGCUUCUAUGUGGUUGGAUCAGGUCCUGGGAUCUAUGACAAUGUAACCGACCCAAAAAGUUUUAAUCUGGUUGAUCCGGUUGAAGUGAAUACCUUCGGAGUUCCUAAGGAAGGAUGGCUUGCCAUUAGAUUUGUAGCAAACAAUCCAGGUGUGUGGUUUUGGCAUUGUCAUUUGGAUAGACAUAUGACGUGGGGUAUGUCUUCUGUUUUUAUUGUAAAGAAUGGGGAUACGACUGAGACAAGCAUUCGCAAACCCCCUCCUCAAUUGCCUCAAUGCGAAGCUUCAUUUAGAUUGCGGCUCGAAAACAUUGAUGGAUUGGAUCAAGGAAAAGAAAAUGAACCAAUUUUUAGCUAAAUGCAUUCAUCUAAUUGCAUUUCAUCUACUUACAUACUAUUUGUUUGUUAUUUAUGUUAGGAUAUGUGCCUUUUAAAUCUUAUUGUAUGAUGCCACGUAUGAC